AACACAAAAUUGGUUAGGAUGCGAAAUGGGUUGGUUACGAAAUUGGUUGGUUAUGAAAUUGGUUGAGACACGAAAUUGGUUGGUUAUGAAAUUGGUUGGAACACAAAAUUGGUUGGGACACAAAAUUGGACAUGAAAUUGGUUGGGAUUCGAAAUUGGUUGGACACGAAAUUGGUUGGGACAUGAAAUUGGUUGAUCACGAAAUUG